AUGCCCCCUGCCCGCAGGUAUGCCCUUGCUCUCCCCACGCUCACUGUACCCUCGGCGCUGACCACCACUGUCGGUCGCCCAUGGCUGGUGCCCUUCAUGACCCUCCCCGUGUGGGCUCGCUGGGCGGCGUUCUUCCCUGCCCUCAUGAGCACGGUGCUGCUCUUCAUGGACCAGAACAUCACGGUGCGCCUGGUGAACGCCAAGCAGCACAAGCUCAAGAAGGGGUACGGCAUGAACUUGGACAUGGGUAUAAUCGCGGGUCUCACGGCGGCAUGCAGCGUGUUCGGCCUACCCUGGCUUGUGGCCGCAACCGUGCGUUCGCUAGCGCACGUGAAGAGCCUCACCAAGUACGAUCAGCUGGGCUGGGGUCGGGGGGAGCGCAUUGCAGGCGUCGCGGAGCAGAGGGUUAGCGGGAUUGCAAUCCACGGCCUGAUCGGCGUGGCCAUCCUCAAGCUCCGCCCCCUGCUCGCCCAGAUUCCUCUGCCGGUGACGACUGGCCUGUUCCUGUACCUCGGUGUGACGGGCCUCGCCGGAAACGAGAUGUGGGAAAGGACCAAGUUGCUCGUUACCGACCCGAACCUUCGUCCCAAGGCCGCUCCGUGGUCUAGGCUACCCGCGUCGAAGACCAACAUGUACACGAUGAUCCAGCUUGCCUGCCUCGGUUCCAUGAUGUGGGUAAAGGGCAGCCCGAUCGGAGUGCUCUUCCCCGUGCUAAUCGCGUUGCUGGCGCCUCUUCGGAUGCUGCUCGUCAAGACCCCAUUGUUCACCGAAGGCGACUUGUCGGUACUUGACUCCGAGGGAUGAAGAGAAGUAUUACCCAACCUUAUAUUUGAUGCCCUGAAGCGAGAUGUGAAGGUGGCGUGUAGACCUCUGCUACUCUGCUGCUGCUUGGCGGUGAUAUUGGAGCGGGGUUUAUUCACGCAAGACUUUUUUUAUUUGAGCUAUUGCAUGUAGUAUAUAACGGGUCCAACCCUACUGCUGGGAAUCGAUGAUCAAACAAGUACACUGCUGCCCUGAGUCUUUCGGAGGAAAGGAACGGGGACGGAGCAACAGUGGAGAUCUUUGGACGCUCUUGCGCCUGUGGCGGAAGAUAAUCAGAGAUCAUGACUCUUUGACGAAAUAUGGUAUAGGGGAGUUGCUGCUGGCGGAGACGACAAAUGACGAGAUCGGGAAGAAUGUGCUCAGGAAUAUUUUCAGGAAUAUUUUUGCGGGAAAGGGUGAUAUCGAGACGACUAUUGGCGAAAGCGCGGCUGUGAUGUUAAAGGUUGAGAGCAGAAGCCGAUACGUACGGCGAUCCUUCGCUGUUCCGAUGGAUAAACCUUCACUCUUUUCGUGCCUUUGUUGUUCCGAAGGACAAACCUUCACUCUUUGCGUGCCUGCUUCGUUUGUAUGUUGGGUUGUGUGGGCAUGGAAACAAGUGUUUGGUUGCGUUUUUUUGGGGUCUUCUUGGGAGAGCUGCGUCGGAGUGCAAGGAUGGUAUUUAGGAUGGGAUGGUGAUGUUCGAACCAAGGGGGCAUUGUCGCGCAUUUGGAUGAGGCCGCCGCACAACGCCUUACCACUUUCUCUGGCGGAAGUGCUCACGCAGUUUGUCAACAAGGAGAGAACAGCGUACUUGCCAAGCGCUUACAAAUCGUGACUUGACUGCAGGCUCUUGAAUCGACAGCGUGCACUGUGGCCGUGUUGAUUUGUCCUUUGUUUUGGCGUGAUCUUGGGGGGAGUUAGUGUGGCGUAGGCGGGUGGCAAAACGGUUCGGGACUUCAAAACUGAUGCCACGCAAGGUUGCGAAUACAUGAGGGUCCCAAUAGAAUUACGGUAUAUUACCUCUGUCGGGAGGGGGGAGGGGGGGGGGGGAUUUCGUUGGGCGGUGAUACUACUUUGGUCGAUAUUCGGUUUGAUGGGUAACGGCAGCAGUUGUUGCUGCUUGCGCUGCUCCUGCUGUAUUGGGACGUAGGUCGAUAGAUUACUUUUACAAGUAUUAGACAAAGAAGCUCGAUUCUUCCAUUAUGCAGUUGACAGGCUCGCUGCAGGUAUCUGUCUGUGAGCGACGCUUCGUUCACUAGCGGUACGUACAGUUUCCUGUUGGUUGUUUUUUGCUCGCAGUAAGCCUGUUUAUGUCAUUUGUCUACUCGCGCUUCUGCUGCGUACUCCAGGACGUUUAAUCAACCGCACAUGCCAAUCGACUGUUCCAGAUGAUGCC